AAGCUGAAUAAUCGCUGAAUUCGCAACCAAAGACAGGCGAGUUCGCCAUCGAUGGCCUUCUACGACGCCUUCAGCCCCUGUAUAUGAGGGCAGUCGCCCCUUCCUCUUAUCUCGUCCUGUUUGCCAUCCAUGACUGCGGAUUUCAUCGAAUUCCCACAGUACAUACUUAUCACCAUUCUUGCAUCGUCUUGUUCCCGCAUGUUGCCUAUGAAUCAACAGCUCCAGAUUGGCCCCAUUUCCAGUUGAGCAAACAGCAACCGACACCCGCAUCGGCCACUUCAGCCUAUUUCCCGGCGCGGCAUCCAUUUGAGCUCCGAACUUUCCCAACUCGGAAGCCGUUUAAUCUAUACGCCCUGUGCCACGCUUGACUGACAUCGCCAGUCACCCACGUCGCACGCAGGUUUCUGUCACCUUCGGCACCGGCCACCCGAGGGUGUACGGCACCUCCCCUCCCCUUUCUGGAUUUUGCUGGCUUGGUUACAGCUCACGCUGCAUAACAUGGCACCCUUCAACAGCCGCUGGGCGGUUGCCCGGCCGUCUGAGACGGUUUCAACCUCCUUCCUGCUGGCCAACCUUCACUGUCCCACCUGCGUCUCGACUAUAAAAAGUGUCCUCCACGAGUCCUGCGGUGACCUCGUCAAGUGGGUCUCGCCCAACGUGGUCACUUCGGUGGUAACCGUUGAGCAUUCCCCCGAAGCGUCUUUUCAGCAGAUGCGCAGCGCACUCGAGGAGAGCGGCUUUGAAGUAUGCGCUAUAUCGACAUCGGCCAGUAACGCCAUUGAUUUGGACCUGGACCUGGAAGCCGGUGAAAGCCCGCCGAACGGCCAGAGCAGCAGCAGCAACACCAACGGUGUCAUGGAGAACCCGAUGUCGGCACUCAGCCGCUGGUUUAUGCCCUCAGCGUCACAGGCAUCCCCAUCCCAGAAAACCAAAGCCCACCUCGAAAACUGCGAACACUGCCGCACAACCAUGGGCACUGCUCCCGAUGAGAAGCGCGCUCUGGAGGCCGUCUCCCGUCACGCCAACCCGACAUUGGCCAAAGCCACCGAUUCGAGUUCACACGCGAGCACACUCUCCACCUCAUUCAUUGCCAUUGAGAGUGAUGAGGAUGCUUUUGCCCAGCCUCUCUGGAGAGCUAGCCUUGCCGUCAGCGGUAUGACAUGCGCUGCUUGCGCCAACAUGAUCACCGAGGGGCUGAAACAGCACGAUUGGGUCUCGGACGUGGUUGUCAACCUCCUCGGCAACAGCGCUACCGUGGACUUGAAGGACAAGGAGAAGGUCGACGAGCUGGUCCCGGCCAUCGAGGAUCUUGGGUACGAGGCAACUCUGGACUCCCUCACGGACCUCAAACAGGGCAAGCCUAAGGGACCGGUUGGCUCGGACACCUGGCGGGCAACCCUCGCCAUUGGAGGCAUGACGUGCGCCUCUUGCGCCAACGGCAUCACCAGGGAGAUCAGGAAAAGGGAUUGGGUCAAGGACAUCACUGUUAACCUUCUCACCAACAGCGCCACAGUCGACUUCCAGGGCCGGGACAACGCCGACAAGGUUGCGGAAGCCAUUCAAGACCUAGGGUAUGACGCCGCCCUAGACGGGGUAGUCAGCCUGGCCCAAGAAGCCGCCGAAGACCACGAGCGGACAGUUGAGAUUCGGAUCGAGGGCUUCUACUGUGAACACUGCCCGGACCGCGUCACGAAGAGUCUGGCGGGAUUCAGGCGGCAACUGGAGGUCAUCACGCAGCCCACCCGCCAACGGCCCAUCAUGAAGAUCUCGUACGUACCCGACGCGCCAUCCUUCACCAUCCGGCAGAUCCUAGCAGCCAUCGAGGCCAGCGAUCCGGGCUUCACUGCCACCAUCUACCACCCGCCAAGCCUGGAAGAGCGCUCCAAGCAAAUCCAGCGCAGACAUCGGAUUCAGAUUCUAUGGCGCGUCAUCUUCACCGGCCUGGUCUGUAUCCCCUCCUUCGUCAUCGGCAUCGUCUAUAUGUCGCUCCUCCCGGACACCAACCACACUAAGCAUUACAUGAUGACCCCCUGGACGUCCGGCAUUAGCCGCGCGCAGAUCGCCCUCUUUAUCAUGGCGACGCCAGUCUACUUUUUCGCAGCUGACUUGUUCCACCGCCGUGCCAUUAAGGAGGUACGGACGCUGUGGCGCCGUGGCAGUAGGGUGCCGAUUCUGCAGCGAUUUUAUCGCUUCGGCAGCAUGAACACGCUCAUGUCGCUCGGCACCACCAUUGCCUACAUCUCGUCGGUCAGUCAGAUGAUUGCUGCCGCCGCCCAUCAGGCCGAGGAGACCAACGACUCCAAUUUCUAUUUUGAUUCGGUGGUGUUCCUGACGUUCUUCUUGCUGCUGGGGCGCUUGAUUGAGAGUUACAGCAAGUCGAGGACCGGGGACGCCGUUGAGAUGCUGGGCAAGCUGCGGCCGACGACGGCGAUCCUCGUCGAGGGCUACGGGACCGAGAAGGAGGAAGAUGUCGUCGUCAAGGCGGAUCUGCUUGACUUUGGCGAUGUGGUGCGUGUCACGCAUGGCGCCUCACCCCCGGCUGACGGCACGGUCGUCAGGGGCGAGAGCAACUUUGACGAGUCCAGCCUGACGGGUGAAUCGCGGCUCGUAAACAAGGCGCCUGGAGAUGAGGUUUUCUCUGGGACGGUUAACAAGGACGCUUCGCUCUUGGUGUGCAUCACUGGCGCGCCGGGCUCGUCGCUUCUGGACCAGAUCGUCAAUGUCGUCCGCGAGGGCCAGACGAAGCGUGCGCCCAUCGAGCAGGUUGCGGAUCUCCUUACGUCGUACUUUGUGCCGGUCGUCACCUUCAUCGCCGUUCUCACCUGGAUCAUUUGGCUUUCUCUCGGACUCGGGGGCCACAUCCCACCACACUACCUGGACGUCACCUCUGGCGGCUGGGUCGCGUUCUCGCUGCAGUUCGCCAUCUCGGUCUUCGUCGUGGCCUGCCCGUGUGGUCUGGCGCUCGCAGCACCGACAGCCAUCUUCGUGGGGAGCGGCCUCGCAGCAAAGCACGGCAUCCUGGCCAAGGGCGGCGGCGAAGCCUUCGAGAAGGCCAGCAGGAUUGACUGCGUCGUGUUCGACAAGACCGGCACCCUCACCGUGGGCGGCGAGCCAAGCAUCACCGACUCAGAAAUCUACCCCGAAGAUCCCACUCAAAAAGACGCGAUCCUCGCCGCGCUGAAAGCGGUCGAGGAAAACAGCAGCCACCCGAUUGCCAAAGCCAUCGUCUCCUUCUGCGCUACCCACGCUGCCUCAAAAGCCACCAUCUCCAACCUGCAAGAAAUUCCCGGCAAGGGCAUGAGAGCCACCCACUACGGCAAUACCCCCUCAACCUCCUUCGACCUCGCCGUCGGCAAUGAGUCCCUCAUGUCAGACCUCUCCGUCACCAUCCCCGCCCCCACAACAGCGACCCUCCAACGCUGGAAAUCCGAAGCCAAAUCCGUCGCCCUCGUCGCCACCAAAUCCUCCUCCACCGCCACCUCGUCUUCCUCGUCUGAGUCUACUACAGAGUCUGAAUGGUCCCUCUCCGCAAUCGUAUCCAUCUCCGACCCGAUCCGCCCGGAAGCGCCCCGCAUCAUCCGCGCCCUCCACUCCCGCGGCACUGCCGUCUGGAUGCUCUCGGGCGACAACCCUACCACCGCGGCCGCCGUCGCGCAGCAGCUGGGGAUUCCGCCGGAGCAGGUCAUCGCCGGGGUGCUGCCGACGGGCAAGGCGGAUAAGAUUCGGUAUCUGCAGUCAACCCUCCGCGCCGGCAUUGGCGGUAGCAGUACUAUUGCUAGUGAGAAGAAGAACAGAGAGGAGAGCAGUACCAAGCGGGCGAUGGUGGCCAUGGUCGGGGACGGCAUCAACGAUUCGCCUGCGCUUGCGACGGCGGAUGUCGGGGUGGCGAUUGGAUCCGGCGCCGACGUGGCGAUCAGCAGCGCGGAUUUUGUGCUGGUCAAGAGUGACUUGAGGGCGGUGGUCGAUCUGUUGGAUUUGAGUAAGGUCGUGUUUCGGCGCAUCAAGUUCAAUUUUGCGUGGGCCGUCGUGUAUAACUGUCUGGCGCUGCCGGUCGCGGCAGGCGCGUUUUACCCCAUUGUGAGCAACGGGCAGCAUGUCAGGUUGGAUCCGGUCUGGGCGAGCUUGGCGAUGGCGUUGAGCAGUAUUAGUGUGGUGCUGAGCUCGCUGGCUUUGAGGGCCAGGUUUGGGUGGGUUGGGUAUCGGGAGAGGAGAAUUGAGUGAGGUGCUUUUUUCCUAUCUUCAUCCUGGGUACCAUACCUUAUGUUUAUUAGGGAGGGAGAGCGGAAAGGGUUGGGUUAGACUGAGCGCAAUUGUUUGCAUAGCUGGUAUUGAUACCCAUCGUUUGCUUCUACAGGCUGGAUUCUCGAGUCGGUCAUUCCUAUCAACUGUCCAUUGAGAUGUGUUACUGUCCGAACGGUUGCUGCCUUGACCGUCGCCACGCCACUUUCCAGAGCUUGAGAGUCUCGGUCCUCAAGUUCCGCCUCACACUGUCUGUCUGUCAAAAGAAGAA